AUGUGGCGCGACCGCAUUUCAGCCCAGUCAACUCCCUCCGGAUCCAAUAAUCGCAACCUUUCUCCUCUACCGCGACGAUCAUCCUCCCAGUUAUCUCCAAGUCCCUACAAUAGUCGCCCUGGUGUAACAUCUAGAAAUUCAUCCACAUCUCUUCUCUUGUCACCCAAUGACUCUACAACAUCUCUUCCCGGAACUGCACGGGCAACCAAUGGCUCUCCUUUAAAGCAGACGAGUAUUCAACGACCUCGACCUGCCAAUGUCCCCGAUCCUCUGGAAGUCUUGAAUGAAAUCAUUGGGAAGGAAAUUCAAAGAGACAAGAAUGUGCCGCAGCUAUCGUCGGUACUGGAACGACCAGAACAAUUGGUGGAAGCCAUCCGUUUCGAUGGGCUAAGUCUUGAGGACUUUCUGGAAAAGGAGGACCUAGCUCCAAAGAAAAAGACCCGCGAAAGUGAUGUAAAUGCGCAAACUGUCCAGCAAUUUGAGCAAGAACGAGAUAAGUUUCAAGAACUACACACAUCGAUUACUGGAUGUGAUGAGGUGUCCAAGUCAGUCGAGCUGUACUUGAAUGACUUCCAGAAUGAACUGGGUUCCGUAUCGGCAGAGAUUGAGACUUUGCAAUCUCGCUCAACACAAUUGAACGCGAUGCUAGAGAACAGGCGCAACGUGGAACGGUUGCUGGGACCCGCCGUGGAGGAGAUCAGCAUCUCCCCUAAGGCUGUGCGGACAAUUGUCGAGGGCCCAAUUGAUGAGAAUUGGGUGCGUGCAUUAAACGAGAUCGAUUCUCGAACAACAAAUAUCGAAGCCAAGGCCACCGCUUCUCCCAAUGGCUAUAAAGCCGUCGAGGAUGUACGGCCCCUUUUGACCGAUGUGAAGACCAAAGCGAUCCAAAGGAUCAGAGACUAUCUUGUAUCACAAAUUCGUGCUAUGCGAUCGCCAAACAUCAACUCUCAGAUUAUCCAACAACAGCGACUAGUGAAGUUUAAAGAUCUAUACAGUUAUCUCUCCAAGACCCACCCAAAGCUGGCAGGAGAGAUAUCACAGGCGUAUAUAAACACCAUGCGUUGGUAUUACACAUCUCAUUUCACACGCUACCUUCAAGCACUUGAUAAGGUCAAGGUUUAUCCUCCUGACCGAAACGAGGUGCUUGGAGGCGAGCAAUCCACACAUCGAUCAGGAAUUCCUGGCGGCCGAGCUGGCUCUGCCGUGCAUGACCCUUUCUCCCUGGGUAGACGGAUUGAUGUCCUCCGAACUGGCAAUCUCCAGGCUUUAUCCUCAUACCUGGCUGAAGAGGACAAUAACUACCAUGGAAUUGAAGUCCCGUUCCGAAACUUCAACCUCGCAUUGGUGGACAAUGUGUGUGCCGAGUACUCUUUCCUGACUGAGUUUUUCUCCCCAAUGACCUUCCAUCAAAUCUCUCGUAUUGCCGCGGACAUAUUUCAGCAGGUAUUUACCCUUGGUCAGGGCCAGACCAAGAAGUUAAUCGAGCACACCACGGAUUCUCUGGGUGUCCUCAUGUGUGUUCGCCUCAACCAACAUUCAGCGUUCGAGCUUCAGCGCCGAAAGGUGCCCGUCGCCGAUUCGUAUGUUAAUGGAACAAACAUGCAGCUCUGGCCGCGCUUCCAGGUGAUCAUGGAUCUCCACGGCGAAUCGCUCAAGCGAGUUGGGUCCAACACUGGGCGCAGUGCUGUCUCCGCCCUUUCGAUUGCAGGCGGAGACGACUUGAAGCAGUCUUCGGCGCCCCACUUCUUGACUCAAAGAUUUGGACAGCUUCUUCAUGGAAUUCUUGUGCUGAGCAGCGAUGCUGGUGAUGAUGAGCCAGUAUCCAACAGUUUGUCCCGGUUGACUGCUGAAUUCGAUUCUCUUUUGAUAAAAUUAAGUCGCAACGGCACAGAUACAAAGCGAAGAGAGCGAUUCCUCUUCAACAAUUAUUCAUUGAUUUUAACCAUCAUUAGCGAUACCCAAGGCAAAUUAGCAGUUGAGCAGAAGCAGCAUUUGGAAGAGAUGCUUAAGAAUAGCACCAAGCGGUAG